UGCCCCGUAUGCGUACUCGAAGCGCCAUGUUGGCAUUUUGCAACGACUGUUUGUAAGAGGUAGUCGUCAAGUACAGUUUGUGUCAGAAAAAUUAACUGCAUCUUCGUGCGUCGCUUCGAUUUUGGAACAAGAGCAUCAUGAGUAAAGAUAGAGGACUAGACAACGCUCGUGUCUAUGUUGGAAAUCUACGGGAUUCAGUAAAAAAAGAAGAGCUUGAAGUGGAAUUUGAAAAGUUUGGAAAACUAAAUUCAGUAUGGGUAGCGUUUAAUCCACCAGGAUUUGCUUUCAUCGAAUUUUCAAAUUCAGUUGAUGCUGAGACCGCUUGCGAUAAUUUAAAUGGCACAGAUUUGUUGGGUUCCAAAGUAAGGGUUGAAAUGGCCAGAGGGAAAUCACGAAGAGGAGGUGGAUUCAGAGGCGGUGGCCGACGGGGAAGUGGUGGUUUCAGAGGUUCUAAUCGAGGACCUCCUUAUGCUAGAGAUGGUGGAGGUAGUGGUGGAUAUUCAAGCCGAGGGGGUGGUAGUAGAGCACCAGCAAGGUAUGACAGUUAUGGCGGAGGCGGCAGCCGUCGCGGCGGCCCAGGUGGUGGUGGUGGAUAUCGAGGAGGUGGUGGUAGAGAUUUCAGCCGAGACAGGGGCCGUGAUAGCAGAGGCAGGGGUCGUGGGGGCAGAGGAGGCGGCUCAAGAUACAGAUCCAGGUCUCCUGUUUCAAGAGGGGGAUAUUAAUUUUAAGAGAGAAAUAUUUAAAUUGCCUGGUUUGAUAUUGUUUUGUGUGUAGGUAAUACUUCGAGAAAACAGUACUACCACUUUGUCAAAAAGCUUAUUUCAAGCUAUAUAAACCUGUAACAUAUUUUAAAGAUCUGAUUCAACAGGAUUUCAUGAUUUUUGUAUGACUAGUUUAAGAAUUAUUGCAAAGAAUAUGAAUAAUAAAUGCUAAAGAUGA